AUGGAUCGAUCGAAAGAAGUUAUCAUCAUCGGAGGGGGCAUUUCUGGUCUUGGAAUGGCAGUGCAGCUGAAACGCCUUCUAGGACACAGUAACUUCACUAUCUAUGAAAAGUCAGACAAUGUCGGCGGGACUUGGUGGCACAAUCGUUAUCCCGCUUGUGCGUGUGAUAUCCCGAGCCACUUCUACUCUUACAGCUUUGCGUUGAAGCAUGACUGGACUACCAUGUAUCCGGGUAGAGAUGAGCUCCAUGCUUAUUUCUUUUCUGUCGCUGAGAGAUUCAACAUUCUGCCGCACUGUCGCUUCAAUGCUAGAUGUACUGACAUGACAUGGGACGCCUCCCGCUCUCUGUGGAUCGUAACUUUUGAGAACACAAACUCUGGCGAGACCUUCAAGCGCACGGCUCCUGUUGUCAUGUUCCACAGCGCAGAGUGGGAUGACAACUUCAAACCCAACGGGAAGAAAAUCACUGUCGUGGGCAAUGGUGCGUCAGCUACGCAGUUUGUUCCCGAGCUUGUGAAGUCAGUUGGGCCCAAAGGCAGAGUGACGCAACAUGUUCGGAGCUCUCACUGGUGGACAAAGCGAGGAAAUCCCACAUACUCUGAAGCGUUCAAGUUCACAUUGAAGUACCUGCCGCUAGCCGCGCGUCUUUACCGCUUCAUUUUGGCCUGGCAGCUUGAAAGCACUUUCUUUUCCUUCUACAUGGACAGCAAUGGUGCAGCUAUGCGACAAAAGAUAAGGGAGGCUACCUAUUCAUACAUCGACGAGGAAGCACCGGCUAAAUACCGAGAAAUUCUCAAGCCGGACUACGAGCCUGGUUGCAAACGCCGAGUCAACACUGCUACCUACCUGAAAUGCCUGCAUUCUCCACAGAUGCUGCUCACCAAGGGUGCUAUUGUCAAAAUUGGCCCAGACUAUGUGGAAACCAGAGAGGCAGAAAGGAUCCCAGCAGAUGCGAUUAUCUACGCCACUGGGUUUCAAACGCAGAAAUGGCUGUUUCCCAUGAAAAUUAGAGGUAUCGAUGGUAAGGACCUUCACGAUGUGUGGGACGCGUUGGGGGGAGCUGAGGCCUACAAGGGAACUGUUGUGUCCGACUUUCCUAACUUUUUCAUUCUCUAUGGACCCAACACCGCGACCGGGCAGCAUUCUGUGAUAUUCCAUUCUGAAUGUCAAAUCAAUUACUCCUGUCGAUUGUUGCGCCCUGUACUCAAAGGCAACACUGACUCAAUUAUGGUCAAGUCUGAAGCACAGAGGCGCGACCUCUCCUGGGUUCAUGAGAAACUGCAGCACCUGGUCUUUAACAGUGGUUGCCAAAGCUGGUGGAUGGACCCGGUGACCAAGAAGAAUACCUUCAUCUAUCCUGAUCCAAUGUACAAAUAUUGGCUCCGCACUAUUUUCCCGCGGUGGUCUGAUUUCACUUUACGCAAAAGCGAGAAGAGAUCAGCGAAGAGGUAUCUCGCCCUAGGCUGCCUCGUUGCUGUUGGCUUUACAGGGUAUAUCUCUAUGGCUGCCCAGGAUGGGGGCAAGCUCAGCUAUGAUACUUGGUUACGGUUUUCAGAAGGGAUUUCUACGCAACUGGAAAGCUUUUUUUGA